AUGGCGCUCGCAAAGCUCAAUGAUGACGACUACAACCACUACAAAACCAUCCACUUCUGCCUCUUCGUAGAGCGUCAGAGCGCGAACAGCAACUCAGAGCUGGCGUACUGUCACAGAGAGUCUAUGCGGAUGCCAGAAAUCGCCACCAAGCGCUUCGAGUCUGUUCAGCACUACCACCUUUUUCGUAAAGCAGAAGUCAUCAGCAACUAUGGAUAUGAGGAUGAUGGCGAUAGCCGGAACAUCCCCGUGGUAUCACCCCUCAGCAUGGACGUUCGCAGGAACAUGGACGUUCGCAGGAACAUGGACGUUCGCAGGAACAAGAGCGCAUGGUUUUGGCAAGAGAUGACAUCGGUCACCUUGACCGGUCGGGGCAAGCAAGAGUGGGAGAGCACGGAUAAGAAUUAUAUCAUGCAUAUCACCAGAGUACAGUAG